AUUAGUGCCUAUAUCAGUGUUAUCGUUAAUGGAGUGAGGGAGAAGACGAGUGAUAAAAGAGGGGUUUUGGAGAGGGACUGAAGCAUCAAAUAAUUCCAAAAAACUUCUUACAAUUUGCUCAAUAUUUUUUGUCCGUUAAUUAUCUAUCAACAAUUCUAAAAUGUCGUCCUUGACUUUGAGACCAUCGUUGUUAUUACAGUCAUCUUCUUCAGCUUCAGCUUCGUCGUCAAAUUGUUCGUUGGCUUUGGUAUCCUGGCGUAACAAUUGGCAGAAUUCUUCCUCGAUUAAUUGCCCGAGGAAAUCAUCAGCUUACAAAGGUAGAUUAAUCUUGAGAGCUCAAUCUUUUGAUAGCAGUAGUGAGGACAGUAACAACAAGAACAACAACUCCAAUGCUGCUGGUUCUCAACCUUCCAACGGCACUCUGCAUAAAAGCAGGAGGGAAAUUCUAUUGGAAUAUGUGCAAAAUGUGCAGCCUGAAUUCAUGGAAUUGUUUGUUAAGAGGGCACCCCAGCAGGUGGUUGAUGCUAUGCGACAUACCGUGACGAAUAUGAUAGGGACACUGCCGCCGCAAUUUUUUGCAGUAACUGUGACCACUGUUGCUGAGAAUCUUGCACAGCUCAUGUAUAGUGUUCUGAUGACUGGAUAUAUGUUCAGGAAUGCACAAUACCGGAUAGAAUUGCAACAAAGCUUGGAGCAAGUUGCUCUCCCUGAACCACCAAAAAGCAAGGAUGGACCAGAAUUUGCACCUGGCACACAGAAAAAAGUGACUGGAGAAGUUAUCAGAUGGAACAAUGUUUCUGGUCCUGAAAAACUAGAUGCAGUGAAAUACAUUGAGUUGCUGGAAGCAGAAAUAGAGGAACUCAACCGUCAGAUUGAAAGAAAAUCUAGUGAUGGCCAGAAUGACUUAUUGGACUAUCUGAAAACCCUUGAGCCCCAAAAUCUAAAGGAAUUAACUAGCACUGCUGGGGAGGAUGUGAUUCUGGCCAUGAAUACAUUCAUAAAACGCCUGUUAGCUGUUUCAGACCCUAGUCAAAUGAAGACUAGUGUGACAGAGACAAGUGCUCCAGAGCUUGGUACUCCACCAAAGCUUGCAGAGCUACCGCCAGGUGAGAAUAUAUAGGCUUCCGGUGCUGGAGUGCGUAUAUGCCGGCAGGUGCUGUUUUUGCAAGGCUGACUGUCCGAUCACCAUAAGCUAUAACUGCCAAUGCUGUUUUGGGUUUCUAUUAAAUUGCUUUGUAUAAAGGGAGAAGGGAGUUAGGGUAGGGUUACAGAGCCUGAAAGAAAGAAAGGGAUCGAUAAACUCUAGUUAGUCACGGUAAGGCAGCUAAUGUACCGAACAACUUACGGGAGGAGGAUCUCGCCAUUUUGUUUUCUCCGGCCUGUAAUCAGAACGCAACCAAAUUGUGGUAAUUGAAAUCUAUAACAUUAGCGGUAUAACCCGUUUUUUA